AUGACUAAACGGGAAGCCAUUUUAUGAUCUACCAGUAGACCAUGGAGCGCCCUGAGGGACAGCUUUCCGCUCCGUCGGAAAAUGAUUCACCACCAACAGCUUCAACAUCAGAAGUCCUGAGCUCCCACGACCCCCAGAUUCUUGGGGACCGUGGAGCUGAGGCUGCGGGUGACCUUGGCGCCGAAACUCCUGGCGACCAAGACACCCACACUGCGGCGGACUCCAGCGCCCCAGCAGAUGCCGAUGGCGGCGCCCAGGCGGCCGCUGCUCUGGACACCCUGCUGGAGGGGAAAGAAGAGAUGAGUAGAAGCCAGGAUGAACCUCCUUAUGAACUUGAGAACCAGUUUAUAUUGCGUCUGCCUCCGGAACAUGCUUCUACUGUCAGGAAGCUACUACGUUCCAGAAGUGUCUCCAUGAAGGAUAAACUGAAAAUUGACAUAUCUCGAGGCUUAAGAGUACAUUGGGAAGAUGUCAACUUUCAUCUUUCCUGCUUCUCUUCAGCUGAUGGACGUCAUGCAGUCGUGGAGGUGGAAGCUGUCUCACUAACUGCUAAGCUGGUUGAUUUGCCUUGCGUUAUUGGAAGCCUGAAAACUCACGAUAAAAACACCUUUUAUAAAACAGCAGAUAUUUCCCAGAUGCUUGUGUGCACUGCUGAUGGUGAUUCCCACUCUUCUCCGGAAGAACCAGCUACCUCUACUGAUCUUAAAGUAAUCGGGAAAGAUGAAAGAGAGGGAGAGAAAAAAUAUGUCUGGAAGCAUGGCAUUACUCCACCACUUAAGAAUGUCCGAAAGAAAAGAUUCCGCAAAACCAAACAAAAGCUCACGGAUGUUGAAGAAACCAACCUUACUGAGGAUAAAGACAUUACUGCAAAACCCGGGGAGUUAAAUGAUGUUACUGGUAGUCCCUUCUCUCCCGCUCCGGUGCAGUACAUUGAGUCUCCUGAUGUGGAAAAGGAAGUGAAAAAACUGCUGUGUUCUGAUGCCGAAGCCAUCAGUGCCCGAUGGGAAGUCAUUGGUGAAGAUGGAACUAAGGAAAUAGAUAGUCAAGGCUUCAUCCCUGUCUUUGAGACAUCCCCAGGAAUAAGUGGCUAUAAGCAGGGUGGUGUCUCAUCAGAAUGUGAUACACUUCGGGAGAUGUUCAGUGAUUCCAGCAGUGACAGUGAUGAUGAAGAGGAGGAUGAUGAGGAUGAAGAUGAGGAAGAUGGUUAUGAAGAGGCUCUGGAAAGGGAGCUACAGGCCAAGUUAAUUGAAUCUGACCAGUAUGAGGCCAAGGAAGGAGCCAGUUCAAUAACUGUGGAAAUUCAGAAGCAGAUUUACUACAUGGAGAAAAAGCUCCGAGAGAUUCAGUACAGAGCGGAAAGACAGAAGAAGCUCAUCAUGAAAUUGGAAAACCUGAUGCUCAAGAGUCAUUUACAGUCUGCACUGGAGCGGCUUAAGAUAGAGGAAAAACAAAAAAGUGAGCAGCUUAUUUCCCUGCGGGACCAAUUGAAAUAUCUUCUGGAGAAGUGAGGAGACCCUUCAGCCUGGGGCAGAAACCUUGGAUUCACCAUCCAGACUGAAGACUGGAUGAAACUGCGCAUGUUUCUGUUCCCUUUAUUUCCUCACGUUGGAUCAUUUGUAUCUGUUUCUCUGAACCUUUUCUUGCUAGUUAUAUUUGAAGUUUGUGCUCCUGUAGAAAGCGACAGAUAUAAAAAAGUAGUAGGCCUAAAGAUCCAACUUAACUAUGAGAUUUUGCUUCUCUUCAUUAAUUUGAGAAUUACUUACAUUGUUUCUGGUCGAUGGUGUCAUCAGAUGAUUCAGCCAUGUUUGCCAAAGGCAGACAGUCUAGCCUAAAGGCCGUACAGGCUGUUUUGCAUAUGUUUUAGCUUUUCUUUCUUCUGUUUUAAAUAUUUCUUAAAACAUAGAACAAAUCAACUCAUUUGUACCAAGGGCCAGGCCCUGCCACAGUGAAUUUAAGUGCCUACCUCACAGCAGGCAAUACUAAGCUGUGUCCUCUGCUCAGGUCAUGGGGCCGCUUUCCUGCUCAGGGAUGAUUUCUUGCUGCUGCCAUCUUUGCUCUGUUAUGUCUUUAGGACUGUGUCUGGUUGUUACUUGUCUGCUAAGGGAAUAGCCAGAUGAGCAGAGAUGAAAUUCCGAGCUGCUACCUUUAUUCUGAGCCUCUUCAUCCUAGCCCCUCUCAGAGAAGGUUAGGAAAAACCAGAUGCCUGCGAUGCCUGUGAAGACUUCACCUUGAAGACCCUGGGUGGGUUUGUUUUUUCCAGCUGUAUUUUUAAGGUUUUAUAGUCUGUAUUCUUUAAGCAAUAAAUAAAUUCUUCAUUUUAAA